AUGUCCUUCGCCGUCUUCGAUAGAAUCGAUACCACUCGCCGGAGAGCUUUGAAUGGCUUGAAUCGGAGGUAUAUUUACGGCCGUCUGCCUCUACUGCACACCAUCAUAUUCAUCAUCGAGCUGGCUGUCACCAUGAGGCUCGCAGCCAAGUUCAACACAUAUUAUGCCGAGAAGCCGGUCUUGACCACGAUGGUGACGAACGCCGUCCUUGGUGGAAUCGCGGAUACAGUGGCACAGACUAUCACAGCGUUCAAAGCCCGGGUGGCCCAGCGCUCAUCAGACUCGGAAAGUGGAAUAAUUUCGAUCGAAAUACCCGACCUCGACAAGGAGAAGCCUUCGCAGUGGGGAGAACUGGGAAACUCAAGGAAUCGGCCUCCUCCGUUCGACUUUGAGCGACUGACCAGGUUCAUGGCAUACGGUUUCUUCAUGGCGCCCAUCCAAUUCCAGUGGUUCGGGUUCUUGUCGCGUGCUUUCCCUCUCACAAAAACGUCAGCUACUGCUCCUGCUUUGAAGAGAGUGGCGGUCGAUCAGUUGAUUUUCGCACCUUUCGGUCUGUUCUGCUUCUUCACUUUCAUGACUCUUGCAGAAGGUGGAGGCCGAAGGGCUUUGGUCCACAAGUUCCGCGACGUAUAUCUCCCAACUUUGAAGGCCAACUUUAUUCUUUGGCCUGCGGUCCAAGUUCUCAACUUCCGAGUGGUCCCUAUCCAAUUCCAGAUUCCCUUUGUUUCUUCCAUUGGUAUCGCGUGGACCGCAUAUCUCUCCCUCGCCAACUCUUCCGACGAAGAGUAG